AUGCCACGUAAGCUACGUAAGAAUAUACGUAAGAGGAAGGGAGCAUUGAAACAUCCCAUAGUAAAACUGACACCACAACAACAGUUGCAACAACAAAUGAUGAAUGACCCCACUAUGUUGCAACAAAUGUCAAGCAACCCUAUGCUUUUAAACCGAGUUAUUGGUGCACAGAGUGGAGGUUUAAGAGCGGCACUUUUAGCGAAAAUGGCAGGCUAUGGUGGAGCUGCAGACGGAACAGCUUAUAACCCUCAAAGUCAAAUGAAUUUGAGUUCACUCAAAAAUCAAAUAACAGAUGUCAAAAAGUCAAACAUAGACAUACAGAAACAAAUAAGUGAAAACGAAAAGAAACUAGAAUAUGACAGACACACAAAGAAACUCAAUGAGUUAAACGUAGAGAAAAAGAAGAAAGAAGAACAACUGAAAGAACUAAGUACAGAGGAAUAUGCGAAAAAAGUGUCAGAAAAAGCAGCAGAAGUAGCAAAAAUGGAACAAGAUGUUAUAAAUUUGAAAAACCAUACUACUCAAUAUAAAGUACUGAAAGAUGAAGAAAUAAAACAAAAAGCCCUGAAGACAUAUAUGGAUAGCGAUGAGUAUAAAAAAGAAGUUGAAGCAAAUGUAAAGGCAGAAAAACUUUUACAGUUGCAAAACCAAACCGUACAGUAUGAAAACUUAGCACAAGAAAGUAAAAAUAACGACGCAGCCAUGCAAAAGGCAAUGAAAAGCGCAGAAUAUAUAAAAGCUAAUAAUGACUGGUUAGAUGCCCAAGCCAACGCCAAAGCAGCCCAACUUAUAGGGUCAAUAAGGACAAAAAUACAAGCGGAUGAAGACAGUUCAAAUGAAGCUUUAAUGAAUGCUGACUUUAAGAACGCCUUCGAAGCUCUUCAUAGUAAGGUGAAACUAGUGAACGACUUCUCAUCUGGAAAGAAACUGAAGUCUGAAGGUUUCGACAAC